AUGGAGCAACUUGCCCAGUUUGUCUCCAAGAGUUUUCAAGAGAACGCGACCGCGCCGUUACCCGUCGUUGUUGUCGACGAGGAUACGAGCACUCAACUUGGAUUCGUCAGGAGUAACACCGAACGCGCACCCUCUACCCGUAUCACCCUCAGUGUCGCGCAUCUUCUUGGUGAUGACAACGGAAAUGAAUGCCAUGGAAAGUCGGCGAAUCGAGAAUCCAGUCAGGAGGGUAACCAAUCUAAUGUCGAGGUUGGUAACGUCGAGGAACCGCCAUCACCGGAAACUCGAUUGCAACCGGAAGACCUUUCCGUUGCGACAAAGAUCAAGGACGUGGUUAAGGAGGUCAAGGCCAGCACGGAGAACGUCUCACCUCUCAAAACACCGGAGUUGAAAUUGUCCGUACGAAAACUUUUGGGUUGCAGUCCUUCACCUCCCCCAAUCACGAGAGAUCGAUCAGCUAGUCCAGAAAAUUGCACGGAAUCGAAAAGCCGAGUCACCAGUGCCGACGUUAAAACGACCAUAAACGACUCGAAAUUAACCUCGCAAGUUGCUAGAUCAUUGGUCCAUAAUCAGGAGGAAGCUGCCAAAGGGUCAAAUUGCCGUGGAAAUGGUAAUGGAAAUGGCAAGCAGAGAAGAUCACGAACGAAUUUCACUUUGGAGCAACUCGCUGAAUUGGAGAGGCUCUUCGAUGAAACCCAUUAUCCGGAUGCGUUUAUGAGAGAAGAACUCAGUCAGAGACUUGGGCUAAGCGAAGCGCGAGUACAAGUUUGGUUUCAGAAUCGUCGUGCAAAAUGCCGCAAACAUGAAAGUCAGUUACACAAAGGUGUUGCAGGUGGUAUGGUGCUGGCACCACGAAGUCCACCGACGACAUUGGAACCAUGCAGAGUGGCACCUUAUUUGCCGGCUCUUAGGCUUCAUCCACCUAUGCAAGGUGCUGGAAGUAACGUAAGUGCUGCAGCCGCAGCAGCUAGUUCGGCAUUCGACCCAGCUGUUCUCCAUUAUGCCGCGGCAGGUGGUCUUUUUUGUUUACCACCACCACCACCACCUCCACCGACAUCUUCGAAUCAUCCUCAUCCCUUAAGUCUAGCUGCUUCUUUAGCCGCAGCCGCAGCACGUUCAAAGAACAGCAGCAUCGCUGAUCUCAGGCUGAAAGCUAGGCGACAUCAAGAAGCCCUUGGACUCGAUAGGCCAGCGUAAACGAUCUAAUCAAUGAUCGAUGACGAUGAUGAUUAUGUUGGACGAUCGAUAAUAAUUAUUCGAUACUUAACAACGAACAUGAGUCGGGAACGGAUAUGUAUGUCGAUAAAGAAACAACACCCACUUGUUCGUAAGUAUCGUGAAUUAUCUUCAACGAUCGAGCUUCUUUGAUUGAUCGAUCAAAAGAGAUUGGGAAGCACCAAUCAUCGUUUUCCAAGACGCGAUAUUGUUCGUCGAUGAUACACUCCGACGGAAAGGACUCUGACCUCCUAUCGAUUGCAUUAUGGUAUACGCUUAUCGUAUUGUCUUCUCAUGCGAUGGUUCCACCAUUAUUCUGGUUUUAAGGAUACCUAUUGUAAUCUAUAUGUUUCUCUAACAUACAUAGUUUGCUGUAUGUGAUACUAUUAAAAUUCGGUUUUUAUAAAAAUUCUUAUAUCUCAUUUUCAUCGUGAUAUAGUUGGAUACUUCUUUUCUUGUUUUUAAUCUUCUUAGAUCAUAAUUUGGAUCAUAUCGUCCUAAUUUCGAUCAUAUCUAUAUAAAAAUUGAAGUCUUACGAGUCAUCUAUAAAUUUUUAUUUUUUAUUAUUCAA